AUGCCUAAAUCUAAACGUUCUAAAUUAGUGACAUUAUCACAAACUGAUAAAAAGGGUAAAGAGUCAAAAUUGAAACUAUUCGAUGAGAUUAGAUCUGCUCUUGAUAAUUAUUCCCAAGUUUGGAUAUUACAAAUGAAAGAUAUUAGAACUCCAGUUCUACAAGACAUAAGAUCUGAUUGGACUGAUUCUAAAUUGAUAUUAGGUAAACGGAAAGUUAUUCAAAAGGCCUUUGGUGAAACCCCCGAAGAAGAAUAUUUAUCUGAUUUAGCCAAAUUGACCAAAAUCUUAUCCACUACUGAUGACUUAAUUCCAGGUAUUUUAUUCACCAAUGAGGAUGAUUCAACUGUACAAAGCUAUUUCGAUGCAUACAAAAGACAAGAUUACACAAGAGUUAAAAAUAAGUCGCCCAUAACUUUCGAAAUUCCAGCAGGUAUAGUUUAUUCUAGAGGUGGACAAAUCCCCGAAGAAGAAGAUGUUCCCAUGUCACAUUCAUUGGAAGAGACAUUGAGAAACAAAUAUAAGAUGCCCACUAAGAUCAAGAGUGGGAAAAUUGUUUUGGAAAAACCAUAUUUGGUGUGCAAUGAGGGAGAUGUAUUGGAUGUAAGACAAGCCUUGAUUUUGAAACAGUUUGGUGUUGCUGCUAGUGAGUUCAAGGUUCCCUUGGUGGGUCACUACGAUAAAGAAUCGGCCAAGGUUGAAAAAUUUGACAUUUACAAAAUCUAG